AGCCUAUAGGCAAGACAAGAAAUCUCUACAAAGAUGAACUGGAAACAAGUUUUAUAUCUGGCAGUUGCUACAACACUGGUGCUUCUUGCAGUUUUCCAGGUGAGUGAAGGUGCUGCCGUAAGAAACAAUGAUGAUGGGGCAGCAGACAGGAAAGAAAGCUUGAAGAAAAUAUUCAUGCCGGAAUCCGAGGCAUCAAACUUCUUCAAGAAACGUGGCAAAAGAUCAACUAAAUCCCAGGAUGAAAUAAAUGCUGAGAAUCGCCAAAGGCUUGCAGCAGAUGAACGGAGGAGAGAGUACUAUGAAGAACAGAGGAAUGAGUACGAGAACUUUGUUGAAGAGGAACAGGAUGAACAAGAAGAGCGCACCCGUGAACAAGUUGAACAGUGGCGCCAGUGGCAUUAUGAUGGGCUGUCUCCUUCCUAUCUUUACCAACGUCAAAACAUUUAAGAUCCAUAGAAUUAAUGUAUAUAG